AAGGAGAAUGAAUAAGAUUUCGGGAGAAAUCUUGCUGACAUUUUACUUGGAACUGUGUGCGACAGUUUGUUUCUUGCAAGCAGCAUUCGCAAUUCGCAUGGGAAGUUCUUCAUCAUCGUUCUGUCAGUGCGACUUUCCUGAGCAAUGUAUUCAAGAUGAUUUGAGGAAUUAUCGAGCAGCAGUGGUGGAGUACAAUUGUCCGGACAACGAUCUCAGCUUUUUCAACCAGUCAGUCGUUGACUACAUGUCCGCGAAUGUCGCAGCUUACGAGGACUUCGUGAAGAUAGCCGCAGAAAACAUGGUAGACAUCAUAAUUUUCCCGGAAUAUGGAGUGACAAGUCUCAAUCUUCCUGCUGACCGCGGAUCUGCAAGACCGUACUUCCAAAUCGUACCUGCGGCUGCUGGAAAAAUUGCACCGUGCGACGACUUUAGUGACGAACAACCAGAUCAGAUCAUAACCAGAAAGUUGAGUUGUUUGGCGAGAACUGGAAAUAUUUACCUCAUCGCUAACAUCGCUGAAGUCGAAGCUUGCGACGCCGAAACGGAUCCUGAAUGUCCUAAUGACAAGGAAUAUUUCUUCAACACUGCAGUGGCUUUUGAUAGGAAUGGUUCAGUUAUUGCGAGGUACAGAAAAAUUAACCUCUACAAUGAACCUGUAAUGAAUGCACCUCCGAAGAAAGAUGUAGUUUCGUUCCAUACCGAUUUUGGCGUCGAGUUUGGGUUGUUCACGUGUUUCGACAUCAUGUUUGAGCAUCCCAUGAUUGAUCUUCAUCGCCAGGGAAUCCGGGAUCUCAUCUCUCCCACUGCCUGGGUUGAUUCUUUUCCAACUUUUUUGGCACCGGAAAUUCAGUCUGGGAUAUCAAAGGGAUUAGGUGUGAAUCUUCUGGCAUCUGGUUAUCACAAUCCUCCGAGUUACACCUUGGGGAGCGGGAUAUUUUCCACCACAGAUAUUUUUGCUUACACUACGCAAGCAACAAUAAGUCGAAUUGUGAUUUCCGAUGUCACUUCGCCACCACCAUCAGAGGAUCAAAAUUCACCGUCAACAUUUCAAGCCGUGAUCCCACCUUUGAAUGUUAAAGUGGUAGAGGAGAAAUGGUCAUUUUUGAAAGAAAGCUUUGCCAACUUUGAUACUAUACUUUUAGAAGCAAAUGAAGGAAGUGCUUCGGUUUGCCAGAAUGAAUUUUGCUGCCAUCUGGAUUACGAGAUUGAAUUCAAAAAACUUGGCCCAGUGUUUCGUUUAGGAGCAUUUAGCGGCGAAGUGUUCAUCCAAGGAGGCAAGUAUUCUUGGAUGGCGCAAACGUGUGUAGUUUUGUUUUGUUCUAGUCCCGAGGACUUGAAUUCCUGCAGUGACGGAUCAACGAUACACACUUUCAAAAAUUCCUCGAAUGGGGAGUUGGCGAAUGUUGAAGAUCGCCGUGAGACAUUUUUGAAGUUCACUUUACGAAGUGACGUCUUUUCGUCACCAUAUAUUUACCCUUUUGCUCUUAGUUCUUCCUUGCAGCUGUUGAUUCCAUCCAAGGUAGAUUUCAAGAGCUACCCUGAUAACUACUCGGGAAAAAAUUACUCUGCUUUUCUCAAUUUCACCGAACCAGGGAAGAUGGUUUAUGCUUCUUUAUACGCUCGCGUGUAUGAAAAUAAUCUGGGAAACGAAUAAAUUCAAUUAUUUAGAA